CCAGCUUGGUCAUGGACGCUAGCGGAUAAGAUCUCCACCCCCGCCUCCGUUGACUCCUGCCCCACCCCACCCCGCGCCGCCGCUCGCCGGCCCGAGCCGGCCAUGGACGCGGCGGAUCCGCCGCCGGCGAGCACGCUGAUGGAGGAGCUCGAGGAGGAGGUCCUGCUCCGCUUCCCGCCCGCGGACCCGGCGCGCCUCGUCGCCGCCGCGCUCGUCUGCAGGCGCUGGUGCGCGCUCCUCGCGGGCGCCAGGUUCCGCCGCCGGUUCCGGGAGCUCCACCGCGCGCCGCCCCUGCUGGGGUUCCUCUGCAACGCCGGUCCGGGCGCGCGGUUCGUCCCCGCCUCCGCCUUUCGCCCGCCCGGGCUCCCCCGCGCCGGCGGCGGCCUCCUCCUCGGCUGGCGCGCCCUCGACGCACGCCACGGCCGCGUGCUCCUCCGCUGGGACCCCGGCCGCGACGCCGCCUCCGGGGGCGUGGGGUGCCCUCCGCUCGUCGUCUGGGACCCCGUCACCGACCAACGUAGUGAUCUGCCACCGCUGCAGUGGGCGCCGUACCCGUACAGCUGGAACGCCGCCGUGCUCUGCGCGGCCGGCGCCGCCUGCAAUCACCUCGACUGCUGCGGCGGGCACUUCCUCGUCGUCGUGGUGGGCACCAAUAGCAAUGAGAUGUUCGCCCACGUCUACUCGUCAGAGGCGGAUGCGUGGAGUGAGCCCGCAUCUGCCCGGCAUCCCAACGACAGUGUUGAUUUCGCGCCCAGUGCCCUUGUGGGGAAUGUGCUUUACUUUGCGUUCCAGAUGGGCACCGCAGUCCUCGAGUACGAUUUGGGCACAAAGGAAAUGGCCGUGAUUCGCCUGCCGCCACUACUUCACUUCAAUUGGCAGCGAAUUGCGCUCACAACCAGGACUGAUGGUCGUCUGGGAUUCGCAACAGCAGACAGGUCCGCAAUCUACCUGUGGUCGAGGGAGGCGUGUCCUGGAGGAGAUGCACGUUGGGCACAGACCAGAGUCAUUGAGCUGGACACGCUGCUCCCCGCUGGUGCCCUCUCAACCUUCUCUGAUGUGGUUGGCUUUGUCGAUGCCAUCGGUCUCAUUUUUGUGCGGACGGGUGAUGGCCUCUUCACCAUUGAUCUAAAGUCCAGCCAGGUCACAAAGGUAUCCAAGGACACCGGCUUCUCCGGAAUUUUCCCCUACAUGAACUUCCACACUCCAGCACUGGGAGUGCCCUCGGCAGGUGAGGGGCCAAGUUCAGGUGCCUAAGGUGCUUAUGUACAGAUUUCUCAGUCAAGGGAAAACUGGGUCAUGGUAAUGGUAAAUAGUAUAAGCUUUAUGGUGGGUUCUGGUUUGAUUUGUUAGUGUUCAAUGGUUAUAUGUUUUGUUUAGGGGUUCCUUUCUCGAAUUCUCGUAAAUGUCUUAGUGGAUCAUUGCCUUGUUUGUAAACUGUAACUCUGUGUGUACUCCUGAAUUUUAGCUUACAAUUGAAGCUUAGGAUGAAUACAUUCUUGUGUAAACAUAUGUAUGCUCAACAAAACAAGCAUUUGAAUCAAUGCUCUGAAUUUUCAUA